AUGACCCUGAGCGCGGAGAUGUCCGAGGUGUCGGCGCUGGCUGAGGAGACCGACAUCGACGUGGUGGGCGAGGAGGACGACGAAGAGGACGACGAGGAGCCGCAGCCCCGCCGCUGCCGCCGCCGCCGCUCCUACGCCGAGGACGAGGAGGAGGAGGAGGAGGAGGAGGAGGAAGACGAGGAGGACGUGGGCGACCUCCACGACGACACGCGGCUGCCGCGCUCGCCCGUGCGCGGCGGCGGCGGCGGGGCGGACGGCGGGGACGGUGCCGGCGGCUCGCGGCCCCCCUCGCGGGGCGGCCCGCAGAAGGCGGCGGCAGGCGGCGGCGGCGGCGGGGCUGGCGGCGGCAAGAACAGCCUGGUGAAGCCGCCCUACUCCUACAUCGCCCUCAUCACCAUGGCCAUCCUGCAGAGCCCCAAGAAGCGGCUGACGCUGAGCGAGAUCUGCGAGUUCAUCAGCGGGCGCUUCCCCUACUACCGGGAGAAGUUCCCCGCCUGGCAGAACAGCAUCCGCCACAACCUCUCCCUCAACGACUGCUUCGUGAAGAUCCCCCGCGAGCCCGGCAACCCGGGCAAGGGCAACUACUGGACGCUGGACCCCGAGUCCGCCGACAUGUUCGACAACGGGAGCUUCCUGCGCCGCCGAAAGCGCUUCAAGCGGCAGCCGCUGCCGGCGCCCGAGCUGCUGCUGCGCGCCGUGGACCCCGCCGCCUUCCUGCCGCAGCCGCAGCCGCAGCCCCCGCAGCAGCCGCCCUACGCCUACGGACCCUACGGCUGCGGGUACGGCCUCCAGCUCCAGCCCUACCACCCCCACUCCGCCCUCUUCGCCUUCCACCACCACUCCCCGCCGGCCCGCCAGCCCCCCGCCGCCGCCGCCGGCAGCGCCGCCGCCGCGCUGCCCGCCGCCGCCGCCGCCGCCGCGCCGCCGGGCGCCUUGCUGCCGCCGGCGGAGCUGGCACGGACGCCCUUCGGCUACGCGCACCCGCUGGGCCCGGCGCUGGCGGCCUCGCUGCACGCCGCCAAGCCCGGCCCCGGCGCGGCGCUGGCCCGCUCGCCCUUCUCCAUCGAGAGCAUCAUCGGGGCGGCCGCCGGCCCCGGCCCCGGCCCCGGCCCCGGCUCCGGCGCGGGCGCGGGCGCGGGCGGCAGCUGCGCGGCGCAGUCGGUCGCGGCGCCGGCGCUGGCCCGCGCGCUGGGGAGCGCCGGCGGCCGCCUGCCCGCCGCCGCCGCCCUGCCCGCCGCCCCCGGCCUGGCGGCCCGCAUCUCUAACUGUUAAGGGUCUCGGAGCCUGCCCGAAGAAAAAAUGGAAAUUGUGAUCACGGCCAAAUGCUCCUUGCAGUGCAACUCGAUAACCAGACCAGAUCCGUUUUCCAGCUCCUUCCCAGCGGCUCCUCUCUUCCCUUCUCAGCGAAGCUGCCGCCGCUGCCGUUGCCGUGCAGAGCCAGGCCGCCCGCGGGGCGACGAGGUGCCCGCGCUCCGCGGCCGCGCAGCGCCCAGCAGAAGAGCGCCGGGCCCCGCCGUCGGGCCCCUCCCGGAACAGCGCCCCUCCCCGUGGCCCGGCUCGUCCUGGCUCGUUUCGGCUCGGCUCGCCGCAGAGGACCGGGGCUGACCCAAAGAGAAGAAGCGAAGGCCGAGGGGGUGGGAGGCGCGCAGGGAAGCCCGCGGCAGAACGGGCCCUGCGCGGCGGCGCGGCGGGACAGAGCCUCCGCGGCCGCGGCGGUACUGCGCGCCUGGACGAGCUGGAAGCGGGCAGGGGCCGCAGCGGCAGGCGCGUCCCGGCGGCUGCUCCUCAAGCGCAAGGCUCCCGCUCGGCGACGGGCCCGGCCGGGCUGUGCCGAGCCGGGCCGAACCGGGCCGCGGCGGCACGGGGCAAGGAGCUGCGGGCGAUGCUUGCGGGCAUUUCUUGCCGUCCGCACCUGCAAGGGAGUAAAGUCACGUUCCCUGUCAGGCCCCAGGAGAGCCGAGAAGCAGAACGAAUUCUGAACGGGACUGAACGGAAGACCUUUAUAUAUAUAUGUGUGUGUGUGCGCGUGCGUAUAUACAUGCAGCGUCUAGCUCAUUUCAAAAAUGAUAUCACUGAACUGAAUUCCGAAGGACAGUAUUUUUAUCAGAAUAAUUAAACUUGCCCUUUCUCCGAAUCACAAGAGACCUAUUCAAUUGAUUCAAAGAAUCCCUUUCGCUGAAGGAGUAAAACGGCAUGCAGAAGUCUGCGGGGCCCUGUAUUUAGAUGAUAAAUUAUACAAUUUACUUUGGAAGCGAAAGGAUAAAUAGAGAAACCACUUGUUGCGUUAAA